AUGGCAUCUCCACCCAAGCCUUGGGAACGACCUGGCGCUGCCGCAACCGUUGCAUCGGCAGCGCGACCGACAACACUUCCCACCACGACCGCCGCUUCCAUCUCGACCCCGCCGGCGCAAGGCUCCUCAGCGGUCGCCACAGCAUCAGCAGACGCGCCUGCUGUCCCCCAGCGACCGGCCUCUCUCGCAGCAUCGGUCAACCAGAACGCUGCGGCAUACAGUUCUGGCAUGGCGAAUCCUUACGGUACAUACGGCGGCGCCGCCGGCUACAACUCGUACUCGAGAAUGGGUGGCUACGGCGGCUAUGCGGGAACCAUGGGAGGGAUGUACGGCAGCAGCAUGUACGGAGGAUACGGUGGCUACGGCGGCUCCAUGUAUGGAGGUGGCAUGUACGGCGGCAUGCCUGGCAUGGGCCAAAAUCCGAAUGACCCCAACAGCCUGACGAACCAGUUCAACAACAGCACUCAGGCAACUUUCCAGAUGCUGCAAGGUAUCGUGCAGGCCUUUGGAGGCUUUGCGCAAAUGCUGGAAAGCACUUACAUGGCGACUCACUCGAGCUUCUUCGCUAUGGUGUCGGUCGCUGAGCAGUUCGGUAAUCUUAAGGAUACUCUCGGCUCCAUUCUCGGCAUCUUCACCCUCAUGCGUUGGAUCCGCACACUUCUAGCAAAGCUUACCGGCCGACCACCCCCGGCCGACGCAACGUCCUUGACGCCUGCCGCCUUCGCACGCUUUGAGGGCCGCCAGCCGAUUGGACCGGACGGCACGCCUCUGGGACCCCCGAAGGCCAGUCGGAAGCCCCUCUUCUUCUUCGUCCUCGCUGCCUUCGGCCUGCCUUAUCUCAUGAGGAAGAUGAUCAACUCCCUCGCUGCCACGGCCGAGGAGGAGGAGCGUAAGCGUCUCGCUGCAGCGGGCGAGCAAGCUGUACAGCAACAGCUUGACCCGUCCAAGCUUGACUACUGCCGAGCCCUUUACGACUUCACUCCCCAGCCCGGCAAUGCCGGACAGGGAGUUGAUAUGGAGGUGCGCCGGGGCGAGCUCGUCGCUGUGCUCAGCAAGAGUGACCCCAUUGGCAACCCCAGCGAGUGGUGGCGCUGCCGGGCUCGUGAUGGCCGCACCGGCUACCUCCCGGCUACGUACCUCGAGGUCAUCAAGAGGCCCGGGCAGCCGGUUGCAGCUAUCAAAGCAGCGGCGAGCGAGACCAGUAGGACGAGCACCAUGACCAGCACCGUGGAGAGCGUGCCUGAGCCAGUGAAGAGCAAGGUCGGCGAUGUCAGCGCGGAGAGCUUCCAGAAGAGCCAAUUCUACUCUUAG